GAACUGCGGGGCGCCCGACGGCCAAGGGCUCGGUAUGGUCAACGGGCCCGUGGAUGGGGCGGAGGUUCAGCUAGAUGACUUUGUGGGGGCUCAUGCUGAAUAUAAUGAAGAGGAGGAAGAACGCAAAUAUUUCCGCCGCAAGCGUCUUGGUGUUAUCAAGAACCUCUUGACAGCCAGCUUGAGCGGAAUGCUAACCUAUGGCGUCUUUCUAGGCCUGUUGCAGAUGCAGCUAAUCCUGCACUAUGAUGAAACGUAUCGAGAGGUGAAGUACAGCAAUCUGGAGCUGCAGAAUAUUGACAACAAGAUGCUGAUGGGCAUCAAUGUCACACCUAUCGCUGCAUUGCUCUACACUACACUCCUGAUAAGAUUCUUUGGCACCAAGUGGAUACUAUACUUGGCUGUUGGUAUCUACGCACUCUUUGUCUCCACCAACUACUGGGAACGUUACUAUACCUUGGUACCAUCAGCUGUGGCAAUUGGAGCUGCCACUGUGCCACUGUGGGCUUCCAUAAGCAACUAUAUCACCCGGAUGGCACAGAAAUACUAUGACUGUGUAAAGUACAAGGAAGAGCAUGUCCAGGAGCAAAAGAGAGCACCACGUGGGGCCUACAACAACUACAUCAUUGUCUUCCAGACGGUCUUUUAUGCCUUCUUCUACUUGAGUUUCGUCUUUGCCCAGAUGCCUAUGUUUUUCUUCCUGAAGCGGUACCUCUAUGAUAUGAACCACACACUUCACAAUGUGCGUGACUGUGGCACCUCCAGCCAUGGGAUCCUCCCAGGGCUCAACUCCACAGUUCUACAGAGACUCCCACGCAGCAGUGAGCUCAUCAUGGUGGAGAGCGUGCUCAUGGGCGUGGCCUUCCUCGCCAUGCUUCUGGUGUUGAUCCUGUGUGGCUCUGCCUAUCGCCCAACAGAGGAGAUAGAUUUACGCAGCAUUGGAUGGGGCAACAUCUUCCAGCUGCCCUUCAAGCACAUGCGAGAUUAUCGCCUCCGCCACCUCAUCCCCUUCUUCAUAUACAGUGGCUUCGAGGUGGUCUUCCUCUGUACUGGCUUUGCUUUGAACUAUGGUGUCUGCUCCAUUGGCCUGGAAUAUGUGGCUUACAUCAUUACUGCUUACGGACUCUCGUCUGCUGUUUGCAGCAGCCUGGCACUGUUUAUGCUGUGUGUGCCCCGCCAGGUCCCCCUCCUCACAGGAGCUUUUGUCCAUGCCAUCCUUUUGAUUGCCCUCUUCUGUUGGGAGCCUCGUCCCCACAGCUUAGGCGAAGCACCCAUGCUGUACCUGGUGGCUGCGCUUUGGGGCCUUGGCAGCGCCCUCAACAAGACAAGCCUCAGCACACUCCUGGGGAUGUUUUAUGAAGACAAAGAGCGUCAGGACUUCAUCUUUACCAUAUACCACUGGUGGCAAGCCCUGGCCAUCUUUGUUGUCUAUCUGUGGUCUGGACUAUCUAUGAAGGCUAAGUUAUCCAUCAUGUUGAUUACUCUGGUGGCUGCAGUGUUCUCAUACAUGUGGAUGGAACAUAAAAUAGGUCGGCUCAUCCCGCACCGCCUCCCCAAGAUUCCCAAGCCUCGUCACAAGGUGCGGGGCUACCGCUACAUGGAAGAUGAGAAUUCUGAUGAAACUGGCUCAGAGGGAGAGGAGGAAAGGCAACACAGUGACUCCUCAGAGGGAGAAGCAGAAGGUGAGAUGCCCAAAGACCAGCAGACCCGAGCUCAACGCAGAAACAAGUGCAACUAUGAGCAGGCCCAGGGGGAGGAGGCUGGGGAUAACGUGGGCUAG